UAUGGAUCAAAAUUUUAUUAAUACAUAUAUUUUGCCUUUUCUAUAGAAUCAACCUGAAUCACCAUCCUAAAGAAAACCUUGUGGUUUCAUUGACAGAACACAGAUCAGAUAAUCAAGAAUCAUACAUUAAUCUGUUAAAUUAGAACCAUAAAUUUAAGGAUGUGUCGUUGAUGAGAUUAUUAAAAGGUGUGAAAUUCCUUCAUCUUAUAUUCUAUACAAAAAGAACAAAGAUUUCAUUCCUAAACAACUCAAACCCAUCUCAAAAUCUGUGAAUGUAAGACCUAAUGAUUGUAGUCUAAAAGCCUACCAAGAUAAUCUAAAAAUCUCAAAAGUAUCAGAGAAAUCCAAAAAUCAAUAAUUGUUUAUGAGAAGACAAUCCUUAUCGUUUGAAUAGAAAGAAGAAAAUUAAAUAAAUUUUGAUGAAUAAAUCGAUGAAAAAGAAACAAUUAACUUAGAAAUGUUUGAUACAAAGGAUUUAUUUGCGACAAAAUUAGAUUUCCAUUCAAAAUACCUUGUUGAAUCUGAUAGAGAGAAGAAAAGCUUUCCUAAUAAAUCUAAACUUUGUGAUAAAUUAUAGAAGAGAGCUUAAUAUGAUUUACCCCAUUAAAAUAUGAGAGCUCUUUAAUUGUUUCAUGAAUGGCAAAAUCAACAAAUUCAAAGUGAUGUGAUAUCAUAUUAAAAUUAAAGGAUAUAUAAAAACCUUCAUAUUCAAUUAGACAUUCAUAAAUAUGAACAUUAGAGACAGUAAAAAAAAAUAAAAAUUAAUAGAUUAUUGCUUAAAAGACUUUGA